AUGGCUUUGGUUGAUUAUUCAUCAAGUGAAGACGAAGCUGGUUGUGGGAAUGAGCACGAUUUUAUAUUGCCCCCAUUUGUCUACGACGCCAAAAGUGAUGUGGUGCGUUUUGCUGAAAUCGGUAGGACAUCUUGUUCUGAUGGCCGGGUACGAAGUUUUGCUCAUAGACACGGCAAUUGGGCUACUUGUGUGUUCUUACCAGGUAGGAUGAAUUUUAAUUCAACUCGGCUAUUUGUAGGUAUGAUAGUUAUUUUGCUUGCUUUUUCAUCAUAUUCAGCCAGUGUACCGCUUGGACUGUUCUUCAAUGCUCUUCUAAACAACGUCAGCACUAUUCUUUCUCAGUGCGAACAGCGAUUUUAUACCUGUGAAGAUUUUCAUUUGAGUCUGACAAAAAUUUGGCCUAUUCUCCAUCACUGGAUUGCUAGUUUUACUGAAGCCGUUCGUGGAAUAGCUACGAAAUACCAAAGGUUCCACAUCACCCUUGGUGAGGCCGGCUUCCUCGUUAACGAGGAUAAAACUCGUCUUUCAUGGUGUCUUGGAGAUGUGGGAGGUAUCUUGUCUCCAGCUUGGAAAAAAACGUGUUUGACUUCAAUUGACCACUUCAUUUCUUCACGAGCGCCUUUGGAGGGUUUUGAAUUGGAGAGCUUAGUCUUGAAAAUUGGAAGUGAUAAAUACCAGCUUCCGCUUUUGUAA